CUGGCCAUUUCCUUUUCACUCCCAUUCACAACUGCGUGCUGACUGCCUGCACAAAGAAUCCGACAAAAUAAUUAAGAAAUGGAAAAUAUCUGAUUGGUUUCUGCCCGUUGAAGUUACCGAUCUUGCUUUCCUAAGUUUUCCUCUCGAGAAAAACACUAAAGGGUUUCCGAUUUCAUCCAACAGCGACUUUAUGGGGAGGAAAUAUCUUCUUUGAUUUCGGAAUUACUUAGCCAGUGAGUUGAAUUCGGUUGCCGUGUGCUUGAUUGUUUUUCUGGGAGAGGACUCGAAUUUGCUCUGGCCAUGGCUGUGGUGGGUCAUGCGCCGGCAAUUACACAACAUGUGAAUCCGAUUAGCUUUCGUGAAGUUGGGGUUCCAGGAAUCAUGGCGACGAGGGGAGAUAUUGUGGAGGAACCGGUGGCGAGGAUCAUUGAAGAUAAGAUAUAUGUUGCUGUGGGCAAAAUUGUGAGGGAGUGUAAAUCAAUUCUUUUAUGGGCACUGCAGAAUUCUGGAGGCAAGAGGAUUUGCGUCGUACAUGUCCACCAGCCUGCACAGAUGAUUCCAUUGAUGGGUACGAAAUUUCCAGUGAGCUCUCUCAAAGAACAAAAGGUCAAGGAAUGCCGGGAAAUCGAAAGGAAAGUGAUGCAUGAAGUUCUAGAUGAAUAUCUUCUCAUUUGUCGACGAAUGGGGAUUCGAGCUGAGAAAGUAUACAUUGAAAGGGACUGUAUCAAGAAAGGAAUAUUAGAACUCAUCUCUCAGCAUGGAAUCAGGAAGCUUGUUAUGGGAGCAGCAGCAGAUAAGCAAUACUCAAGGAGAAUGAUGGAUAUCAAGUCCAAGAAAGCCAUCUCUGUGCGACUAGAAGCUCCUACUGCUUGUCACAUAUGGUUUAUUUGCAAGGGUCAUCUUAUAUACACAAGGGAAGGUAUUUCCAAUGGAACCAGUCCAGAAGUUGCAUCUUCGUCACUGCAAGCAAGUGCAAACACCGUAACUGGACAGUCGGAUUACUUGAGAUCACAAUCUACUGUUAUAGGAAGGAAUCAUCAUGUUAAUUUUGCCAAUCCAUCUCAAGAUUUAUUCCGCAGAGGUAGAUCUCUGAAUUUUUCUAGACAGACAGAGAGAGGGAAUGCUCUUUAUACUUCAGAUGAUAUUGCACAGCCUUCAACUCCACAUAACAGGCUGGAUACAGAAGGGAGUUCUGACGAAUCAGAUGUGGCAUCUAGGAGCUCUUCUGAAGUUUUGCUUUGCUUGCCAUAUUCUUCAAGUGGACUGGUUAAUACGGACAUCCUUUCACUUGUGACAACUGAGGAGAUUGAGAAUGGGUCAGCAAUAGGCAUAAGGCCUCCGCCUCAGUCCAAAGAGGAACUUUGUCUUUCAUCGCCCCCUAGUGUACUGGAUGGGAGCAUCGAUGACAGUCUGUACAAUCAACUGGAACAUGCAAGGACAGAGGCUCAUAAGUCAAGGAGGGAAGCAUUUGAAGAAGCAAUGAGGCGAGCAAAAGCUGAAAAAGGAGCCAUUGAUGCCAUACGCAGGGCUAAAGCAUCGGAAAGCUUGUAUGGUGAGGAGUCAAAACAAAGAAAAGAAAUUGAGGAAGCGCUGGCAAAAGAAAAGGAAAAACUUGAAAGAAUGAAGGUUGACCGGGAUAAAGUUAUGGAAGAACUUGAUCUUUCCCUCAAUCAGAAAUCAUUGUUGGAGAACCAAAUUUCAGAGUCUGAUCAUAUUGUGAAGGAAUUAGAGCAGAAAAUUUUCUCUGCUGUGGAACUCUUGCAAAACUUCAAGCAGGAACGAGAAGAGUUGCAGAAAGAGCGGGACACUGCACUUAAAGAGGCUGAGGAGCUGCGGAAAAUUCGAGCGGAGCCCUCGGGCAUUAAUACGCCUCAGUUCUUCUCCGAGUUCUCUUUCUUGGAGAUUGAGGAAGCAACUCAACACUUCGAUCCAUCCCUUAAGAUUGGUGAAGGUGGAUAUGGAAGCAUUUAUAAAGGUCUCCUUCGUCACACCCAGGUUGCUAUAAAGAUCCUUCACUCUCAUAGCAUGCAAGGCCCAUCAGAGUUUCAGCAGGAGGUUGAUGUUCUGAGUAAGAUGAGGCAUCCAAACCUUGUCACUCUCAUUGGAGCAUGUCCUGAAGCUUGGACUCUCAUCUAUGAGUAUCUUCCUAAUGGUAGCCUUGAAGAUCGACUGAGUUGCAGGGACAAUUCUCCUCCCUUGUCAUGGCAAACUCGAAUAUCCAUAGCUGCUGAGCUUUGCAGUGUCCUUAUUUUUCUUCACUCUAGUAAACCUCAUAGCAUAAUCCAUGGGGAUCUAAAGCCUGCCAACAUUCUGCUUGACGCAAACUUUAUGAGCAAACUCAGUGAUUUUGGUAUUUGUCGUUUACUUUCUCAUGAUGCAAGUUUGAGCAAUGAGAUAACAGAGUUUUGCAGAACGAACCCUAAGGGCACUUUUGUAUACAUGGAUCCUGAGUUUCUUGCUUCAGGAGAGCUUACACCAAAAUCAGAUGUCUACGCAUUUGGAAUUAUCUUGUUACGGUUGCUGACUGGAAGACCUGCUUUGGGGAUAACAAAAGAAGUGCAAUAUGCAUUGGACGCAGGAAAUUUAAAAUCGCUUUUGGAUCCUUUAGCGGGAGACUGGCCCUUUGUAAAAGCUGAGCAGUUGGCUCGCUUGGCAAUGAGGUGUUGUGAGAUGAAUCGAAGGUGCCGGCCAGACCUUGCUUCAGAUGUUUGGAGAGUACUUGAGCCAAUGAGGGCUUCGAGUGGGGGAACAUCUUUGUUACAACUGGGUACUCAAGAGCAUUGCCAGCCUCCAUCAUACUUUAUUUGCCCCAUUUUCCAAGAAGUUAUGCUUGAUCCACAUGUUGCAGCUGAUGGCUUUACUUAUGAGGCAGAGGCUUUUAAAGGAUGGUUGGAGAGCGGACAUGAUACUUCGCCUAUGACAAACCUUAUGCUUGCACACCACAAUCUUGUCCCAAACCGCGCCCUUCGUUCUGCCAUUCAGGAGUGGCUACAACAGCAAUGAAAUCCUAUAUCACUCUUCUUUUAAUUAGCUUAGCAUGUUUAUAGCUACUUUUGUAGGAAGUGAAGAACAGAUGGAGAAGGAAAAAAAAAAAAAAGAGGAGGAGAUUGUCAAUAAUAUUAUUCUCUCUUUCCCGUGCAGUUGUUUUGGACAUUAGAAAUCACAUCCCAAUGAUACAGUUUUCUGGUUGUAUGGAAGGAUAUUCUAUUUUAUACUACAGAUAAAAGGACAAUACUCAUGUUUAUACCAGUAAGCUAGCAAUA